AUGUCGACCUUCGGAUUUGGAAGUGGAGGAGGAGGAUUCGGUCAGAACAACCAAAGUAGCAGCUUUGGCACAGGUACAGGCUUCGGGGCCAAUGCCAACACUGGUGGAGGUUUUGGCUCAACCCCUAGUGCUUUUGGCGCCAGCACCACGCCUGCCUUUGGUGGCGCAACAAACACAUCCACUGGAUUUGGAUCUUCUACCGGCACCGGCGGAGGAUUCGGAGCUAACACGCAAACCCAACCCAACUCACUCUUCGGUGGUCAAAACCGCCCCGCUACCGGAUUCGGUGCCUCAAACAACACCGCCGGCGGAUCUCUCUUUGGAGGCGCUUCUAGCACUCCUGCCAACACUGGCUUCGGUGGUACCAGCUCAGGAUUCGGAUCAUCCGCCACAGGCACCGGCACUGGCUUCGGCGCAAACACAAACACAAACACUGGUGGAGGACUCUUUGGUGCCGCUAAACCUGCUACCGGGUUUGGUGCCUCAGCCACGCCUUCUGGCUUCGGUGGAGCUACCAGCGGUGGCUUCGGAUCGACUGCGGCUAACACUGCUGCCCCAGCUGCAGGCUUCGGCGCCUCCGGCUCUGCUUUCGGUGGCAAUACUGCCUGCGAAGGAACAGGCAGCACUCCUUUCAACGCAUUCACCGAAAAGGAUACCACUUCAAACGCCACGAACCACUAUCAAAGCAUCGUUUUCCAACAGCCAUACAGCAAAUUCUCCUUCGAGGAACUACGCUUAGCAGAUUAUCAGCAGGGACGCCGAUUUGGCAACGGAAGUGGACAAGCUGGUGCCUUUGGUAACUCUGCCUUCGGUGGUACUGGAUUUGGUGCGCAACCUCAAACAAACACAACCGGCGGAUUUGGUGCAAGCACCACUCCAUUCGGCGGCGCUGCUACAACCGCACCAUCUGCCUUCGGAUCAACCCCAACCGCUGGCGCAGGAUUUGGUGCCGCCAACUCCAACCCAUUGUUCGGAGGAGCCAAGCCAGCUAACUCAUUGUUCGGUGGCGCCACUAACACUGCGACACCUGCCACUUCUGGCGGCGGUAUGUUUGGUAAUUCUACCCAGACCACUGGCGGUUUCGGCGCCAAUGCCGGAACUGGUGCCACAGCUGGAGGAGCUUUCGGAAACACUGGCAGCUCUCUCUUCGGCGGCAACACCCAGCAGGCUAAGCCUGCCUUCGGUGCCACAAACACUGGAACCGGUGGCUUCGGUGGCUUCGGAGGCGCCCAAACUACCAGUGCUGCAAACCCAUUCGGAGCUUCGACUGCUACUGCAUCUCCCUUCGGCGGCGCAAACACCCAGCAGCAAGGAACAAGUGCUUUCGGUGGCUUCGGUGGGGCAACUCAACAGAACCAGGCUCAGACUCCAAACAAGGGAUUGUUCGGAGGCGGCGGUGGCUUUGGCGCGAGCGCUCAGCAGCCGUCGACUGGCACUGGCCUUCUAGGCGGUGCUACCGGCAGCACAGGCGGCGGUGGGCUAUUCGGUGGACAGCCGCAGCAACAACCUCAACAACAGUCUGGUGGUCUCUUCGGUGGACAGUCACAGCAACAACCAACCGGCACUGGCGGUGGGCUGUUUGGUGGACAAAACCAGCAGCAACAAAAGCCCGGUGGCCUCUUCGGAUCAUCUACUACCAGCGCCCCUGGAGGCGCGUUCGGAGGCUUUGGCAACACUCAGCCUCAGCAAAGCACUGGCACCGGCGGUGGCUUGUUUGGCAACACCCAAAACCAGCAGCAGCAACAGCAAAAGCCAGGUGGUAUGUUCGGAAACAGCGGCACUGGAGGAGGCAUGUUCGGUGGUGGCCAGAGUACUGCUGGCUCCGGCGGCUCAUUGUUCGGCGGCGGCCAGAGUCAACAACAGCAGACCGGUGGCCUCGGCGGCAGUCUCCUUGGAAACUCUCAGUCUGGACAGCAGUCUCAACCCGCCCCUGGAAGUUUCCAGGCCUCGCUUCUUGACGGAAACCCUUACGGAAGUCAGUCUAUUUUCUCUGGUCUUCCUGCACCAAAUGGUGCGGCUCCUGGCCCCCUCGCUACCCCAUUGUCUUCGAGCAUGAGACAGAAGCAGCGAGCUCCGUUGCCUAUGUACAAGGCCACCUCGACUGCCAACAGCCGUAUUAUCACACCCCCUAAGCGUGGAUAUGGUUUCUCUUACUCCACUUAUGGCUCUCCCUCUAGCGUCACCGGGACUCCCUCUGGUUUGGGCAACAGCCUCUUGGGCGGAAGCAACAGUCUACGUGGUAGUCUCAAUGGUGGCAGCAUGGGCCGCACCUUUAGCAAGAGUUACUCUACCAGCAACCUUCGCAAUACUUUUGAUCCAGAGUCAAGCAGUGUCCUUUCUCCCGGCGCUUUGCAGCCGGGUAGCACCCGCAGCGGAAGUGGCUUGAAGCGUCUUACUAUCAACCGGAGCCUGAGAUCCGACCUGUUCGAAAAGCCCUCCAGCCCUGCACCCAUCACCAACGGAGAUGACUCAGACAAGUUGAAGAAGAAGGUUAGCUUUGACUCCACCUCUCCUGGUCUCACUGGAGGCGAGAUUGUCCCUGUCGAACCCAAGAGCCCCGAGCCCACUGCUGAGGAGCUUGGCUUCCUUCGCUCUGUUCGCAAGAGUGGAAGUCUCAACGGUGUUGACUCUGCUUCAUCUGGCCGUCCAGAAAUGGAGUCUGUCAGCCGUGAUCUCGCUAUCGUUCCCGAGAACGGCCCAGCUACCACCAAUGGCGCGACUGUCAAGCGUUUGACCUUCAUUCCUGGUGGUGACCCCAAGCCCGGUGAGUACUGGAUGGAGCCUUCCCAAGCUACCCUCGGCAAGAUGAGCCGCGAGCAGCUGAAGCACGUUGUCGACUUCACUGUCGGACGCCAGAACUGCGGAUCCGUCACUUUCAACGGCGAGGUUGAUCUGAGCAUCAUUGAUGUGGAUAACUUGUUCGAUACCAUUGUCAACAUCGGUCUUCGUAAGAUUACCGUCUACCCCGAUGAGGCCAUCAAGCCCCCCAUGGGCAAGGGACUGAACGUGCCUUCUACCUUGCGCAUCGAGAACUCCUGGCCUCGUGGCAGAGACAGGAAGAGCAACUCUCCUGUCACCAACGGCCCUCUCUUCGAUAAGCACAUUGAUCGUCUCCAGAAGGUCGGCGAUACCGAGUUCGUCAACUACGAGACUGAGACCGGUACCUGGGUCUUCAAGGUUCCUCAUUUCACUACCUACGGACUUGACUAUGAUGAGGACGAGGAAGGUGAGAGUCUUGACCAAAGCACUAUGAGUGUCGACGGCCCUGACCAUCCUACUCCCAAGGCUCACUCUGAUCACCCCGCGAGCUUCGAGCAAUCCACCACUUUCUCAAUCGAUGAGUCUUUCGUUGGCUCCAUGGUCGGCGUUGAGGACGACACCUUUGACUUCAAGAAGCGCAAGAUUGUUCCCGGCUCUUUUGGUAGCCAGGCCAUGGCUGCAGAGGACGAUGACAUGUUUUCCGAGGGUGAGACCGAGUCUUUUUUAGAGGAAGGCUCCACGGGUUCAACUACUGAGCAAGACGACGAUGUCGUCACCGAAAGCCAGCAAUCUGGCGAUUCGGUAGUUGGAUCAGAUGAGGCAGAUGAAAUGGAUAUGGCUGGUGCCUUUCCCACUCCUCAUCGCACCGUGGAGCGGGAUCACUACCAGGGUAUCAACGGUGCCUUGGAUACCACUCACCCUAUGAGACACUUCGGCAGCCCUACUAAGCCUCAGCUUGAUCUCAGUGGCGACUGGGCUGAGCAAUUGCAGCGCACCAUUAGUCCUCGCAAGCAGAACCGCGAUGCAUUGCGUGAAAUGCAGGCAAAUGCCUUCAUGGAUCGUGAUCUUGUUGAAGACGAAUCUCCCUCAAACACUGCGACAGCUUCUCCCAAGAAGGGCUUCUCAAACAGCAUCGAUCUGAUGAACUCUUUGUUUCAACAGCCAGGCAAGAGAAACGCCCCAUCCCCGCUGAAGCCUGUCAAGACACAGUCCAAAGGCAUUGAGUGGCCCUACAACAAACAACCCAAAACUUUCGCCGGUGAUACAACUGAAAUGUCCGACAUCGACCUUUCCUUCCAUGAUUCUUUCAAGCCGCGUUGGGGUCCCCAGGACACUCUACUUUGUGGAAAGACCGAUAUGCAGGAGACUAUCUCGGAAGUGUCCCAGACCUGGCAGGAGAAGUUUACUGUUUUCAGUGCAGGAGGAGACGUUGCGGUUAUGACUUACAAUAAGACAAGCGAGUCAAAGGAAAUGCUUGACGUUCAGCGACAACAAUCCACUAUCCAACGCGUGGAUGGCACCCCUCUCGUCCGUAUGACCAGUCCCGAGCUCUGGCAGUUCCCUCUGUCUCCUUCUAGCCGUUCCCAAUCUGAGGACGAGACCCUGGUGUGGCAGCUUCUCAACAUCCUAUUCAACGACGAUAUCGAAGAUGACAUUUCGGCUGGCGUCCCACCAAAACUCCAGCAGAAGUUCGCCCACCGUAUCAAAAAGGAUCGUCUCACUCGUUUCUGGGAGGGCGUCAUCCGUGAGAAGAAUCCAAACCUUGACAUGAUCCGCUCACCUGUUGAACGCGCUGUCCAUUUGAUGUGCGCCCACCGGGUUCAGGAAGCGUGUAACACACUGGUGGAGAGUCAAAACCCACAUCUGGCUACUGUGGUGGCACAGAUUGGCCGCGAUGCUACCUCUCGAGCCGACAUGGCGAACCAGAUUGACAUGUGGCGUCAGAACAAUGUGCUUUCGGAAAUGAGUGAGCCUGUGCGAGCUCUUUACGAACUGGUUGCAGGAAACGCUCUCCGCAGUGAGGGUAAGACCGGCGGUGCCCUUGAGGACCGUGCUUCCAGCUUCGGCUUCACCGAGCGCUUCGAUCUAGACUGGUUCCAGGCCUUUGGUCUUCGCUUGUGGUACUGCACUACGGAGGAUCAGCCCAUUGAAGCUGCGGUUGCCAAAUUCCUUGAGGAUCUCGCGACUGGACAGGAACAAGCCUUCCCUCACCCCUCGCACGAGGCCAAUACUCGCGCUGUCCCUCAGCCUGGCUCUGAUACUCUUGGCCGUGAAUCUCCACUUUGGGUUCUGCUCAAGGCUUACUCUGCCACCCAGGGACUCAAGACCCAGUCUAUUGAAUUCCCCGCUGCUCUCCUCCCUGAGACGGUCUCCGGCGACCGUCUCUCAAACCGCCUCUCCUUCCAGCUUCACCACGUCCUCGCUGCGACUGUGGGACCAAGCUCUGCCAUCACAGUCAACCAGCACCAGGCUGACCACCUCGUUUGGGACUUUGCUUCGGAACUCGGUGCCAGCGGAGAGCUCAACCAGGCCUUGUUCGUCCUUUUGCACCUUUCCCAGGCCAACGACCGCAAGCGCGCCGUGCAAGAAACUCUUGCCCGGUCUGCUGCUCAGCUGCCUGAGCCCUUCACCGCCGACGGCUCUAACAACCCAGCAUGGCACUACCUUGUCUCCGACCUCCAACUCCCCGAGGCCUGGAUCUGGGUUGCCAAGGCCCUCUACGCUCGCGACACCGGUGACGCAGCCCGCGAAGUCGAUUGUCUUAUCCACGGCAAGCACUGGAACGACGCUCACGCCACCUUUUGUCGCAUUGUCGCUCCUUCCGCUAUCAUCGAGGGCGACUACCGCACUUUGGAGACUCUGGUCUCCGGCUUCGGUGAUGGACCAGAACGUAAGAUGCGCGGCUGGGCUUCUGGCGGUGGUGUCUACGAGGAUUUCCUGCGUCUGGUCACUGCUCCCAGCGGUAGACGUGACGCAACCCGUCUCAACCGCCUCGUCAAUGCUCUCGUUACUAUGAGCGACCGUAUUGAAGGAUCCGGCAUGGAAGGACUGGAAGAGCGUGUCGCAUUCAAGGAGAUGAGUCGUGCCGUCACAGGCUGGAUUACCCACGAGGAUGUCCAGUUCGUUGAAUCCUCCACCCUCCUCAGCCUCCCCCUUACAGGCGAUGCGCGCAUCGCACAGACAGCAGAGAUGAGCCGUCGUUACUACGGCGUUAUCAUGGCAGGUGGCCAUUAA